GCAACUCUCCCAAAUGGUUAUAAUGGGUGCAAAUAUCCCUUGCACCAAUAUGGGGUUGCAAAAUUGGUUGCAACUCUCCCAAAUGGUUAUAAUGGGUGCAAAUAUUCCUUGCACCGAUAUGGGGCUGCAAAGUUGGUUGCAACUCUCCCAAAUGUCCUUCCGUUGAUUAUUGUGGGUGCAAAUAUCCCUUGCACUGAUAUGGGGUUGCAAAAUAAGGUGCAACUCUCCCAAAUGUCCUUCACACCUUCUUCAGGUGGUUGUAAUGGGUGCAAAUAUCCGUUGCACCAAUAUGGGGUUGCAAAGUUGGUUGCAACUCUCCAAAAGAUCCUUCCGUG